AUGACAGAGCAUGAAGACGAAUCCAGUGCCCUUGUAAUUGACAAUGGAUCAGGAAUGUGUAAAGCAGGUUUUGCUGGUGAUGAUGCGCCCAGGGCUGUAUUCCCCUCGAUUGUUGGUCGUCCAAGACAUCAAGGUGUUAUGGUUGGUAUGGGACAGAAAGACACCUAUGUUGGCGAUGAAGCCCAAUCGAAAAGAGGCAUCUUAACCCUGAGAUAUCCUAUUGAACAUGGAAUUGUUACUAAUUGGGAUGAUAUGGAGAAGAUAUGGCAUCACACCUUCUAUAAUGAAUUACGUGUAGCCCCAGAAGAACAUCCUGUCCUACUGACUGAAGCACCAUUGAAUCCGAAGGCGAAUCGUGAGAAAAUGACACAGAUUAUGUUUGAAACAUUCAAUAGUCCAGCUAUGUAUGUUGCAAUUCAAGCUGUCCUGUCGUUAUAUGCAUCUGGUCGGACAACUGGUAUUGUACUGGAUUCCGGAGAUGGUGUAAGUCAUACUGUACCGAUUUAUGAAGGUUAUGCACUACCACACGCGAUUCUUCGUCUUGAUUUAGCUGGUCGUGAUUUAACUGAUUACUUGAUGAAAAUAUUCACUGAACGUGGGCAUUCAUUUACCACGACUGCUGAACGUGAAAUUGUACGUGAUAUUAAAGAGAAACUGUGCUAUGUAGCUUUAGAUUUUGAUCAAGAAAUGUCUACUGCUGCGCAUAGUUCAUCACUGGAAAAAAGUUAUGAAUUACCUGAUGGUCAAGUGAUUACAAUUGGUAAUGAACGUUUCCGGUGUCCUGAAGCAAUGUUUCGACCAAGUUUUCUUGGCUUAGAAUGUACAGGUAUUCAUGAGACUACAUUCAAUGCUAUCAUGAAAUGUGAUGUUGAUAUCCGUAAAGAUUUGUAUGCAAAUAUAGUUUUGUCAGGUGGAUCAACAAUGUUCCCGGGGAUAUCAGAUCGUGUACAAAAAGAGAUAUCUCAUCUUGCACCGACAACAAUGAAAAUUAAAAUUGUAGCCCCACCAGAACGUAAAUAUUCUGUAUGGAUUGGUGGUUCUAUUUUGGCGUCAUUGUCAACAUUCAAUCAAAUGUGGAUAACAAAAAACGAAUAUGAUGAAGCCGGUCCUGGUAUUGUACAUCGUAAAUGCUUCUGA